GGCAGGCAGGCAGGCAGGCAGCAGCGACGAAGCCAACAGCGAGGAGCGAACGAGGGAGCGAGCGACCGAGCGAGCGAGCGGCAGGAGAGAUCGUCGAGAGGCAGUUGCGCGCACACGGGGGCCUCGUCAGUCCUCGGCGACCGGUUCCGAGGUCCGGGUCCUUUCGGCUUUGGCUGCCGAUGCCAGCGACGCCGCUUUAACGUGAGCCAUGAAACGCUCGUUUGACCGCCAGCCGGGCGUUGCCAUAAUCGGGCGACAAAUAUGUUUUUACAUAGCCUGCGCAUUGGGCGUAGUCGGCAAUUUCUUAAUCGCAGAUGUAUCAGCACACGGAAGACUGAUCGAGCCACCGUCCAGAGCGUCGAUGUGGAGGUAUGGUUUCGAUACGCCACCCGAUUACAAUGACCAUGAGUCGUACUGCGGUGGCUUCACCAGACAGUGGCAGAGUAACAAAGGAAAAUGCGGAAUUUGCGGCGAUGCUUGGGAUUUGAAGCCGCCAAGACCACACGAAACUCGAGGUAAAUACGGCAACGGGGUGAUCGUGCGGCGAUACAGGACGGGUUCGGUGAUCCCCGUGCGCGUGGAAUUGACGGCCAACCAUCACGGCUACUUUGAGUUCCGUACCUGCCCGAUGACCUACCGGGACCAAGAGGUCACGCAGGACUGUCUCGACAGAUACGUGCUCAGCGGCGAGAACGGCACGGUACGCUAUUAUCCCGGCGAGGGUAACCGAGUGUUCGAGGCCUACUACAAGUUGCCGGAUGCUCUCACCUGCAAGCAGUGCGUCUUUCAAUGGAGAUACAUCGCCGGUAAUAAUUGGGGAGACUGCGGCGAUGGACACGGUGCUGUAGGUUGCGGGCCGCAAGAGGAAUUUCGGGCGUGUGCCGACAUAGCGAUAGGCAACGAAGAGGCAACACUACCGCCUCGACCGCGUCCGCCUCGACCGACGAGCCCGUCCACUUCUGCAGUGCCGACGUCGUCGACCGAGCCAAGCGACUACUUGCCAGAGUACACUGGACCUGCUUGGUGGUUCAACUUCAUCAUCGCUGGUACGUGCCUGUUGGUCGUACUCGCUGUCAUGGCAUUGAUUUAUACCUACUACUAUCACGCCGGCCGAGCCAAGAAGUGGCUCAUGACGAGGAGAAUUAUAAGCUCCGAGCAGCCGCCACCUGUAGCCCCGCCGAGGCUCAAGAAGUUCAACUCGCCUAAUCAAAUGCAAAUCUAAAGGGCUAGAUCU